UGCUAUUUUCGUAAACACUGUUAGUUUACGGCGGUUCUUCCACGUGCUGUAAAAAUGCGGCCACUGACAGACGACGAAACUCGGAAAUUCUUUGAAAAGCUGUCAAAAUACAUUGGGGAAAACAUCAAAUUGCUUAUCGACAGACCCGAUGGAACUUACUGUUUCAGGCUGCACAAAGACAGGAUAUAUUAUGUCAGUGAAAAGAUCAUGAAAAUGGCAACAAACGUGUCACGCGAGAAUCUGGUUAGCAUGGGAACUUGUUUCGGAAAAUAUACGAAGACUGGAAAGUUUCACCUGCACAUCACAGCACUGGACUAUCUUGCGCCCUAUGGGAAGCAAAAGAUCUGGCUGAAACCCAGUGCAGAGCAGCAGUUCCUGUACGGUCACCAUGUCCUUAAAUCUGGGUUGGCAAGGAUUACGGAAAAUACCAGCCAAUACGACGGCGUGAUCGUAUAUUCCAUGUCGGACAUCCCAUUGGGCUUCGGAGUGGCAGCCAAAUCCACCCAAGACUGCAGAAGAGCAGAUCCAAUGGCGAUCGUCGUUUUUCAUCAGGCGGACGUAGGGGAAUACAUCAGAACAGAAGACACCCUUACGUGAAUAUGUGAAGCUUAAUAAAACAUUUAUGAUAACGA